AUGCCGUUCAAGCGGUACGUUGAGAUUGGCCGCGUGGCAAUCAUCAACUACGGCCCUGAGGUCGGCAAGCUGGUGGUCAUCAGCGAUGUCGUCGACCAGAACAGGGCGCUCGUGGACGCCCCCGGGUUCACGCGCCGCGUGGAGACCUUCAAGCGCCUGACGCUCACCGACUUCAAGCUGGACAUCCCUCGCCUGGCGGCGAAGAAGGUGGUCAACGAGAAGUGGGCCGCUGACGACAUCAACGGCAAGUUCGACGCCACCGCGUGGGGCAAGAAGCUCAAGGCCCGGGCAGACAAGGCGGCGCAGUCCGACUUUGACAGGUACAAGGCAGCUGUGGCGAAGAGCAAGAAGGGCCGCCUGAUCCGCGCGGCGGUGAACAAGCUCAAGAAGUGA